UGGGUCACAGAACUGGGAACUGAAAAUGGCUGAGGCUUUCUCCAUUGAGUGGAAAAAGGAACAGAGCUAGUCCGAGGCGACCCUCUGGCUCUCCAAGCCUGUGGAUCUUUCCAUUGAUGAGUCCAGCCUGACAGGAGAGACCACUCCUUGCUCAAAGGUGACAGCUCCUCAGCCAGCUGCAACUAAUGGAGAUCUUGCAUCAAGAAGUAACAUCGCCUUCAUGGGAACACUGGUCAGAUGUGGCAAAGCAAAGGGUAUUGUCAUUGGAACAGGAGAAAAUUCUGAAUUUGGGGAGGUUUUUAAAAUGAUGCCAGCAGGAGAAGCACCAAAAACCUCUCUGCAGAAGAGCAUGGACCUCUUAGGAAAACAACUUUCUUUUUACUCCUUUGGUAUAAUAGGUAUCAUCAUGUUAGUUGGCUGAUUACUAGGAAAAGAUAUCCUGGAAAUGUUUACUAUUAGUGUAAGUUUGGCUGUAGCAGCAAUUCCUGAAAGUCUUCCCAUUGUGGUCACAGUGACUCUGGCCCUUGGCGUUAUGAGAAUGGUGAAGAAAAGGGCCAUUGUGAAAAAACUGUCUAUUGUUGAAACUCUGGGUUGCUGUAAUGUGAUUUGUUCAGAUAAAACUGGAACACUGACGAAGAAUGAAAUGACUGUUACUCAUAUGUUUACUUCAGAUGGUCUACAUGCUGAGGUUACUGGAGUAGGCUAUAAUCAGUUUGGGGAAGUGAUCGUUGAUGAUGAUGUUGUUCAUGGAUUCUAUAACCCUGCUGUUAGCAGAAUCGUUGAGGAAGGCUAUGUGUGCAAUGAUGCAGUAAUUAGAAACGACACUCUAAUGGGGAAGCCAACUGAAGGAGCCUUAAUUGCUCUUGCAAUGAGGAUGGGUCUUGAUGGACUUCAACAGGACUACAUUAGAAAAGCUGAAUACCAUUUUAGCUCUGAGCAAAAGUGGAUGGCUGUUGAGUGUGUACACCUAACGCAGCAGGAUGGACCAGAGAUUUGUUUUAUGAAGGGUGCUUAUAAACAGGUGAUUAAAUACUGUACUACAUACCACAGCAAAGGGCAAACCUUGACACUUGCCCAGCAGCAGAGAGAUGUGUACCAACAAGAGAAGGCACAGAUGGGCUCAGCAGGACUUAGAGUUCUUGCUUUGGCUUCUGGUCCUGAACUGGGACAGCUGACAUUUCUUGGCCUGGUGGGAAUCAUUGAUCCUCCUAGGACUGGUGUGAAAGAAGCUGUUACAACACUCAUUGCCUCAGGAGUAUCAAUAAAAAUGAUUACCGGAGACUCACAGGAGACUGCAGUUGCAGUUGCCAGUCGUCUGGGAUUAUAUUCCAAAACUUCCCAGUCAGUUUCAGGAGAAGAAAACAAUACAAUGGAUGUCCAGCAGCUUUCACAAAUAGUACCAAAGGUUGCAGUAUUUUACAGAGCCAGUCCAAGGCACAAGAUGAAAAUUAUUAAGUCUCUCCAGAAGAAUGGGUCCGUUGUAGCCAUGUCAGGAGAUGGAGUAAAUGAUGCAGUUGCUCUGAAAGCUGCAGACAUUGGAGUUGCAAUGGGCCAGACUGGAACAGAUAUUUGCAAAGAGGCAGCAAAUAUGAUCCUGGUGGAUGAUGAUUUCCAAACCAUAAUGUCUGCAGUUGAAGAGGGUAAAGGGAUUUAUAACAACAUUAAAAACUUUGUUAGAUUUCAACUGAGCAUGAGUAUAGCAGCCUUAACUUUAAUCUCAUUGGCUACAUUAAUGAACUUUCCUAAUCCUCUCAAUGCCAUGCAGAUUUUAUGGAUCAAUAUUAUUAUGGAUGGACCUCCAGCUCAGAGCCUUGGAGUAGAACCAGUGGAUAAAGACACAACAAUGACUUUUACGUGCUUUGUGUUUUUUGACAUGUUCAUACUGAGUUCCAGAUCCCAGACCAAAUCUGUGUUUGAGAUUGGACUCUGCAGUAAUAAAAUGUUUUGCUAUGCUGUUCUUGGAUCCAUCAUGGGACAAUUAUUAGUUAUUUACUUUCCUCCACUUCAGAAAGUUUUUCAGAUGGAGAGCCUAAGCAUACUGGAUUUGCUGUUUCUUUUGGGUCUCACCUCUUCAGUGUGCAUAGUGGCAGAAAUUAUAAAGAAGGUUGAAAGGAGCAGGGAAAAGAUUCAGAAGCAUGUUACUUUGGCACUAUCGUCUUUUCUUGAAGUAUGAUGCAUAUUGCAUUCUUUUAUUUGCAAACUAGGAAUUGCAGCCUGAGAAUCAUUUAGAAGGGCAACUUCAAGAGGAUUAAUGAAGAUUCGAGAACUUUGUAACUUUACAUUGACUAAAUGUGAACGUUAAUGUUAAAAACUUGAUAUGAGACUUUAACCUGCUGACAAUUCUGAAUGAAAUUAUGCAACUUUGAUAACAUAUUCCGUGAUUGAA